AUGGCAAUUGCACAUGUUGCCACGGAAUACGUCUUUUCAGAUUUUUUGCUUAAAGAACCGUCGGAGUCCAAGUACAAGGGAGUGCGGUUGGAACUGGCAGUAGAUAAACUCGUCACGUUUAUCGCUGUUGGGCUGCCUUUGUUGCUCAUCUCUCUUGCUUUUGCGCAGGAGGUGUCAGUCGGGACCCAGAUCACCUGCUUCUCGCCCACAAACUUCUCCUGGCGCCAGGCGGCAUAUGUGGACUCCUUCUGCUGGGCAGCCGUUCAGAGGCAGGAUCUGUCCAGCAGCGGAGAUGACCACGCACCCCUUUGGCUGCACAAGUUCUUCCCCUACAUCCUCCUGCUGGUGGCCAUCCUCAUGUACAUCCCUGCCUUGUUCUGGCGCUUCACCGCCGCUCCACACCUCUUUUCCGACCUCAACUUCAUCAUGGAGGAGCUGGACCGCUCCUACAACCGAGCCAUCAAGCUGGCCAAGAACCUGGCGACCAACCUGGAUGCCAGCGACGCCCCCCGGGACUCCCACAGCAGUGCAUUGGAUCUGACAGAAGGGUGUUUCAAGUACCCCUUAGUGGAACAGUACCUUAAAACCAAGAGGGCCACCAAAAGCCUUGUCAUCAAAUAUCUCAUCUGCCGCCUGUUGACCCUGGUCACUCUCCUGUUUGCCUGCCUUUACCUGGGCUACUACAUAAACCUGGCGUCUGUCACAGAUGAGUUCACCUGCAACAUCCGCACGGGCAUCCUCCACAACGAGACCUCAAUCCCAAACUCCCUGCAGUGCAAGCUUGUGGCUGUGGGGGUCUUCCAGCUGCUCAGCUACAUCAACCUGGUGGUGUACGCCCUGCUGACACCCGUCGUCGUCUACACCGCCCUGAUCCCCGCGCGCCAAAGUUCCCACUUCCUCAGACCGUACGAGGCGCUGCCCACCUUCGGUGUCCUGGACCUGACCGCAUCCUUCUAUGACGACCUCGGCGUCUACCUGCUCUUCCUGGAGGAGAACUUGAGCGAGCUCAAGUCCUACAGGUGCCUCCAGGUGCUGCAGCUGCUGCAGGAGAGUGGGGGUGAGGCCUUCGACACCAUGUGCCUGCUUCGCACGCUGGGCCAGGUCAAGACCGAUAUUGUGGACAGCAAGGCGCCCUCCAGAGUGACAGCAGAACCCGGCGAGGGGGAUGGCACCCCUGAAAUAAAAGGUGUCUCUGCCCUUUUGCUAGAAGACGGACUAAAGAAGGAGCAAAAGUGCUGCGAUGACAAGUCAGUGCGUCAGAGAAUAGUCUAGUGGCUACACCCUCUCUGAUGGCAGUCACUAUGACAA